AUGCCGUGGCCGGUGUGUAGAGUGGACUAACUGGCAAUAACAAAGUAACGUUACUGUAAUUUGGCAAGUAAAACAAUGUUUCAAUUACUCUGUACAGCCAUAUGUUUAUAUGCGUCUCUUGAUAGUUAAGCUAGUUAGCCAACGCGUUACUUGAUUUAGACGGACCGUUCACACUUUGCUUAGCUAACGUUAGCUAUCUAGCAUACCAGCUUUCGCCGCCGUUCGCCAGCAGGUGAGUUCAGCCAGACAGUAGCUACAGUUUUAAAAUGUUUUCAUAAGAUAUCUGGUUCAGCUAGCUAACCAUUGUAGCUAGCCAGUUAACAAGUUAUCAACUGUCUUCCCCGAUGUCUUGCCCGUCCAUAUUUUAUGUGCUUUGUUAGCCAUAUGGCCCAGGCUUGUGUUUUCCAGUGCCAUCAUAAUCGUCAGCCACGUAUCUAUUUAGCUUGGCCACGUAGGCUUAUCUGAGAUCAUAGCUACAAUAUUCGUUGUGAACACUUAAAAAAUAUAUAUGCAUGUUCAUGUACAGUAUUACCACAACACACUGGCUGUGUCAGUGCUAUCAUACAGCUGGGAGUAUGCUCAUUGCUCACUGAUAAGACUGGUCAAACAGAUUGCUCAACUCAGUCACAUGCUCAGCUAGCAGCAAAUUGUAUCAGUUAUUUUGUCUGAUUAUAUUGUCAACUGAUCCCAUCUUUCUCACUUUUCCCUCCUCUCUCCCUUCCCAGCUUUCAGCACAGCGAGGGGCAUUGCUCCUGUUUGAAGAUGGUGCCUCUGCAGUAGUUCCUGCGGGGAAGGGUGAACCAGCACCAUGGCUUGCCCUGUACAGUUCCUAUGCCGGGCAGUCCGCACUGUGAGCCUGGUCCUCGUUUACUAUGUCUUCUCCAUCGGCAUCACCUUUUAUAAUAAGUGGCUGAUGAAGGUGAGUCUGAGGCUGGCUCACACUCCUUAUGCGACAUAACAUUGUGUACUUCAAAUCAAAAAAAAUUGUCACAUACACGAGUUUAGCAGAUGUUAUUACGGGUGUAGCUAAAUGCUUGUGCUUCUAGCUCCGACAGUGCAGUAAUAUUUAACAAGUAAUAUCCAACAAUUUCACAACAUAUACCCAAUACACACAAAUCUAAGUAAGGAAUGGAAUUUAAGAAUAUAUACAUAAAUUAUAUGGACAAGCAAUGACUUGGUAUGUUUGCUUUGCAUGCAGUGCCAUGAAGCCUAACUCACUAUCACUGUUUGCGGGUCUUGUUCCCAUCUCUCUCCCUCUUUCUCUCAGGGCUUCCACUACCCACUGUUUAUGACGCUGGUCCACCUCACCAUAAUAUUCUGUCUCUCUACCCUGACCCGCUCGGCCAUGCAAUGCUGGACAGGGAAGCCUCGGGUCAUGUUGAACUGGAAAGACUACCUCUCAAAGGUUGCCCCAGUCGGUGAGUGUGUGAAUCGCUACAUACAAUGGCUGAUUGUUUGUGGGCAGUCUAUGCAUAUAUAACAUGAUGCAGCCACCACCAUUUUUUGUGUGUGUGGGGUGGGGGUCGAGGCGAGGGUCGAGGUGAGGAGGAGGAUAAUUUAAGAUAUUAUUUUGAAGAGGUAGGAUUUCAGAUGUUUUCGGGAGAUGGGCAGGGACUCUGCUGUCCUAGCUUCAGGGGGAAGCUGGUUCCACCAUUGGGUUGCCAGGACAGAGAAGAGCUUGGACUGGGCUGAGUGGGAGCUGCCCUCCCAACAACCAAAAACACAUAUCUAAGUUUAGAUUUCAUAAUGAACCAGAAAAUCAAUAGUUAUUUCUGGUUGUUAAUCAAAGUUGGCUGACUAACUCGUUGAUCCUGCUUUGUAUACUGAACAAAAAUAUAAACGCAACAAUUUCAACGAUUUUACUGAGUUACAGUUCAUUAGAGGAAAUCAAUCAAUUGAAAUAAAUUCAUUAGGUCCUAAUCUAUGGAUUUCACAUGACUGGGCAGGGGCGCAGCCAUGGGUGGGCAUUGGAGGGCCAAUCAGAAUGAGUUUUUCCCCACAAAAGGGCAUUAUUACAGACAUAAAUACUCCUCAGUUUCAUCAGAUGUGGAGGUCCUGGGCUGGCGUGGUUACACGUGGUCUGCGGUUAUGAGGCCGGUUGGACGUACCGCCAAAUUCUCUAAAACGAUGUUGGAGGCGGCUUAUGGUAGAGAAAUGAACAUUCAAAUAUCUGGCAACCAGCUCAGGUGGACAUUCCUGCAGUCACCAUGCCAAUUGCACACUCCCUCAAAACUUGAGACAUCUGUGGCAUUGUAUUGUGUGACAAAACUGCACAUUUUAGAGUGGCCUUUUAUUGUCCCCAGCACAAGAUGCACCUGUGUAAUGAUCAUGCUGUUUAAUCAGCUUCUUGAUAUGCCACUCCUGUCAGGUGGAAUAAUUAUCUUGGCAAAGGAGAAAUGUUCACUAACAGGGAUGUAAACUAAUUUGUGCACAAAAUUUGAGAGAAAUAAGUUUUUUGUGAGUAUGGAAAAAUUCUGGGAUCUUUCAUUUCAGCUCAUGAAACAUGCGACCAACCCUUUACAUGUUGCGUUUAUAUUUUUGUUCAGUAUAGUAUACCCCUCUGAUGGGGUACAACAGUUGAACUAAGCUCAUGAGGCAUUCACCUUCCUGUCAGUAAGAAAUAAACCCUUUGUUACUAGGAAAAUAACAGUGUGCCAUGAUGUGAUCAACAGUCCUAAAAAGCUGUCUCUUUCAGCCAUGGCAACAGCGCUGGACAUUGGACUCUCCAAUUGGAGCUUCCUCUUCAUCACCAUAAGCUUGUAAGUGUGUGUUUACUACAGGUCCUUCUGAAAGUAUUCACACCCCUUGACUUUUUCUGCAUUUUGUUGUGUUACAGCCUGAAUCUAAAAUGGAAUACAUUGAGAUGUUCGUGUCACUGGCCUACACACAAUACAAAAUGUCAAAGUGGAAUUAUGUUUUUAGAAAUGUUUACAAAUUAUUUAAAAAUUAAAAGCUGAAAUGUCUUGAGUCUAUAGGUAUUCAACCCCUUUGUAACGGCAAGUUUAAAUAAGUUCAGGAGUAAAAAUGUGCUUAACAAGUGUCAUAAUAAAUUGCAUGGAAUCACUCUGUGCAAUAAUAGUUGAACAUGAUUUUUGAAUGACUACCUCAUCUCUGUACCCCACACAUACAAUUAUCUGUAAGGUCCCCCAGUCGAGCAGUGAAUUUCAAACGCAGAUGCAACCACAAACACCAGGGAGGUUUUCCAAUGCCUUGCAAAGAAGGGCACCUAUUGGUAGAUAGGAAGAACAAAAAAAUUAUACAGACGUCCUUCCUAACUCAGUUGCCGGAGAGGAAGGAAACCCCUCAGGGAUUUCACCAUGAAGCCAAUAUCUGCUACAUGGCAUAUUAUUAUUAUAUUAUAUUAUUAUUAGUGACUUUAAAACAGAGUUAAAUGGCUGUGAUAGUUUUCUCCUAAGGAUGGAUCAACAACAUUGUAGUUACUCCACAAUACUAACCUAAUUGACUGCGUGAAAAGAAGGAAUGCAAAAAAAUGUGGCAAAGAAAUUAACUUUAUGUCCUGAGUACAAAGCAUUAUGUUUGGGGCAAAUCCAACACAUCACUGAGUACCACUCUUCAUAUUUUCAAGCAUGGUGGUGGCUACAUCAUGUUAUGGGUAUGCUUGUCAUCGGCAAGGACUAUGAAGUUGUUUAGGAUAAAAAAUAAACAGAAUAGAGCUAAGCACAGGCAAAAUCCUAGAGGAAAACCUUGUUCAGUCUGCUUUCCAACAGACACUUGGAGAAAAAGUCACCUUUCAGCAGGACAAUAACCUAAAACACAUGGCCAAAUAUACGCUGGAGUUGCUUACUAAUAUGACAUUGAAUGUUCCUGAGUGGCCUAGUUACAGUUUUGACCUAAAUCGGCGUGAAAAUCAAUGGCAAGACUUGAAAAUGUCUGUCUAGCAAUGAUCAACAACCAACUUGACAGAGUUUGAAGAAUUCUAAAAAGAAUAAUAUGCAAAUAAUGUACAAUCCAGGUGUGCAGAGCUCGUAGAGACAUACCCAGAAAGACUCACAGCUGUAAUCGCUGCCAAAGGUGAUUCUAACGUGUAUUGACUCAGGGGUGUGAAUACUUAUGUAAAUGAGAUGUUUGUAUCUCAUUUUCAAUACAUUUUGAAAUAUGUCUUAAAACAUGUUUUCACUUUGUCAUUAUGGGGUAUUGUGUGUAGAUGGGUGAGAUUAUUAUUUUUUUAAAUCCAUUUUGAAUUCAGGCGGUAACACAACAAAAUGUGGAAUAAGUCAAGAGGAAUUAAUACUUUCUGAAGGCACUGUAUGUAUCUACCUAACUUUGAUCUAUAGUUUGCUUGACCAUCACUGUUCUGAAUGGCAUUAAAAUAUUUAUUUGUAUGUUUCCUCCAGGUACACAAUGACCAAGUCUUCUGCAGUGCUCUUCAUCCUCUUCUUCUCAUUGGUUUUUAAACUAGAGGAGCCGGUAAGUCAAUUUCACUUGAGAUAUGCUAACUGUUGUUGUUUCUUCUUGGUCAUUGUUUAUCCAGUAGUAUUAAUGGGUGUUGCAUGACAGAAAACUGCAUUUAACAUUCACGCUUUGUUCACAAUACAUGUUUGAAAGGCAGUGUUCCCGCGUUCGCAGAGACCUCAUUCACAGGAAACGCUGCAUAUGUCGGUUCAAUCGGAAAUUACUUUUAAAUAGUGCAUUGUCCAAAUCCGCGAUCGAAUCUCAGCCUUUAUGAUAAAAUGUUGCUGAACUUUGAUGGAAAUAAGUACAAUGUUCUAUAUUUAUGUUAAAAGUAGAACAGGUAUGAAAUGCAAAUAACGCUUCCUUCUUUUCACUCUGUCAAUUAGGUUAGUAUUGUGGAGUACCUACAAUGUUGUUGAUCCAUCCUCAGUUUUCUCCUAUCACAGCCAUUAAACUCUGUAACUGUUUUAAAGUUACUGUUGGCCUGGUUAAAUCUGUUGGAAAUUCAUUGCUCGACUGAGGGACCUUACAGAUAAUUGUAUGUGUGGGGUACAGAGAUGAGGUAGUCAUUCAAAAAUCAUGUUAAACACUAGUAUUGCACACAGAGUGGGUCCAUGCAACAUAUUAUGUGAGUUGUUAAGCACAUUUUUACUCCUGAACGUAUUUAGGCCUGCCAUAACAAAGGGGUUGAAUAUUAUUGACUCAAGACAUUUCAGCUUUUCAAUGUUAUUUAAUUUGUAAACAUUUUGAAGAACAUAAUUCCACUUUGACAUUAUCAACAUAAGUUUCCCUUAUGGCUCAGGUGCAUACAUGCAUCAUAGGAAUAUACAUAAUAUACACACACAAACACAGAAGUCAGCUCAGACAGAUCCAGCUCAGAGAGGCCCAGGUCAUGAGCUCUAUCAGCAGCAAAUUUUAAUUUAGAAUGGAAAAUGAAUGUGUUUAUGCAACAAAUGUUUGUGCACCGUAUCACAAAUCGAACCACAUCGGUUCGUUCCUCGAAUCCAACCGAAUAGCACCGAAUCGUUUCAAAUGAAAACGUAGGCUAUCGUUCCUGUAUCGUAUUGGAGCCCAUGUAUCUAACGUUAGAUACGUAUCGAAUCUUGAAAGGGAAAGAUGCACAUCCCUUACACCUAGGUGUACCGUAGCCGCUCACAUGGUUAUGCCAUCCUCAUUUAAAGGCUUUCUUACCACACCCCCUCACACAUUAUACUCUGUGUGAUAUCUGGAUCAUUCAUUACUACAAAGGCAAGACCUGCCUAAUUGAAGUCUCUGCGGUUGCAAUCUUCCCACCAAGACACUCGCUUUCCAAUGUUCUAGACAAGACUUGUCUAAUUGAUGUCCCUGCAAGCUUGCCACCUUGGCACUCACUUUCUAAUGUUCUAACGAGCUAUAGGAUUCAGUGAAUGGAUUCUCUUUUCAUGCAUAGGAGGAAGUUCCAUUCCCCUCAGGUGUAUCUAACUAUGUGUCUAUGCACUUUGAAAUGUGUGUGCAUUACAUAUACAGUGAGCUCCAUAAUUCACUGGACAGUGACCAUUCUUUUGUUAUUUUGGUUCUGUACUCUAGCACUUUGAGUUUGAAAGGAUACAAUGACAAUGAGGGUGAAGUGCAGACUGUCAGCUUUAAUUUGAGGGUAUUUUCAUACAUAUCGGAUGAACCGUUUACGAAUUAUAGAAGCUUUUGUACAUGGUCCCCCCCAUUUUCGGGCAUCAAAAAUCAUUGGACAGUUUAACAUAAUGUAGAAUAAAGUAAUCAUUGUUAAUAUUUGGUCGCAUAUCCUUUGCAUGCAAUGACUGCUUGAAGUCUGCGAUGGAUUGACAUCACCAGACGCUGGGUAUCUUCCCUGGUGAUGCUCUGCCAGGCCUGUACUGCAGCCAUCUUCAGUUCCUGCUUAUUUUGGGGACUUAUUGCCUUCAGUCUCCUCUUCAGCAUGUAAAAUGCAUGUUCAAUUGGAUUCAGAUCCGGUGAUUGACUCGGCCAGUCAAGGAUUUUCCACUUUUUGGCCAUCAAAAACCCCUUUGUUGCUCUAGCAGUAUGUUUAGGGUCAUUGUCUUGUUGCAUGAUGAAGUGCCGUCCAAUGAGUUUGGAGGCAUUUGGUUUUAUCUGAGCAGAUAAAAUAUUUCUAUAGACUUCAGAAUUCAUUGUUCUACUUCUGUCUGCAGUCACAUCAUCGAUGAAGACAAGUGAGCCUGUUCCACUGGCAGCCAUACAGGCCCAAGCCAUAACACCCCCCUCCACCAUGUUUCACGGAUGAGGUGGUAUGCUUUGGAUCAUGGGCAUUUCUUUUUUUUCUCCACACUUUCCUCUUUCCAUCACUCUGGUACAUGUUAAUCUUUGUCUCAUCUGUCCACAAUACUUUUUUCCAGAACUCUUGGGGCUCUUUUAAGUGCUUUUUAGCAAACUGUCAUCUCGCCUUUCUGUUCUUCAGGCUUAUCAGUGGUUUGCAUCUUGUAGUGUACCCUCUGUAGUCCUGCUGGUGUAGUCUUCUACGUAUGGUAGACUUUGACACAUCUACACCUGCAUCCAGGAGAGUGUUUUUGAUCUGUUGGGCUGUUGUCAGGGGGGUUUUCUUCACCAUAGAGAGUAUUCUCCGGUCAUCCACUACAGUGGUCUUCCUCGGUCUACCGGGUCUUUUGACAUAAUUGAGUUCACCGGUUGUUUUUUUCUUGUUAAUGAUGAACCAAACUGUUGACUUGGGCAUGGCCAGGGUUUUUGCAAUGUUCCUGAUUGAUUGAUUUUCAUUUCUGAGCCUUAUGACGGCCAGCUUCAUUUGCAUCGACACUGCUGUCUUCCUCAUGUUGUCACACCACAACAACAACCUCCAAAGGCAAUAGCAAAGUCUAGAAUCAAUGCUAUUCAUCAACAGCUCUCCUGCAUUCACUAACGACACAAAUGAAUACACCUGCCUAACGACACACAUCUGUGAAGCCAAUUUAACAAAUACUUGUAGUACCUUAAAAUGGGGGGACCAUGUAUAAAAGGUGCUAUCAUUUCUAAACAGUUCAUCCGAUAUAUAUGAAAAUACCCUCAAAUUAAAGCUGACAGUCUCAUUGUCAUUGUAUCCUUUCAAACUCAAAGUGCUAGAGUACAGAACCAAAAUAACAAAAAAAUUGUCACUGUCCAAUGAAUUAUGGAGCUCACUGUAUAUGGUUGUUAACGUUAUGGUUGUGUACUCUGGUUCCAUGCCCUUGAUGUGUAUGAUGAGGAAGUGCAUAAUGUGUGCAUGUGGACAAAAGGCUUCUGUUCUGACCCACACGUUACUCUAUUUUUCCAGAACCCAUACCUGAUCGUGGUGGUCCUUCUGAUAGCCAGCGGUCUGUUCAUGUUCACCUUCGAGUCGACCCAGUUCAACCUGGAGGGCUUCAUCAUGGUACUGCUGGCAUCGUUCAUCGGUGGGAUCCGGUGGACCCUCACGCAGGUCCUGAUGCAGAAAGCAGAGCUUGGUCAGUUACCAACUAGUCUCAGAAAUCCCAAACCUAGGGAAAGGGUGUAUGUUGGAACAUUGUUAAUGUGGGAGGCAACCCUUCUGCCUAGGGAGACUAGUUACUGAGCAUCAUUGUGUUGUUGUUUGGUCUUGGACUUGUCCUUUUAUUCCCUGAUUAGGCAUUCAGCCCAGUAACCCCCACUCUCUUCCACAUUCCACUCCCACAGGGCUCCAGAACCCAAUAGACACCAUGUACCAUCUACAGCCGCUCAUGUUCAUGGGCCUCUUCCCACUCUUCCUCUUCAAUGAAGGUAAGACUUUUACUAUGCUUUCUAACCUGUUUGUGAUAGUCCAUGCCUGUCAGUCUGGGCAUGACAUAAGUGCCUCUAUCUGUGUCUUAGUGCUGAUCCAUUUCUCUCUAUCUGAUUCUGUCUGCAGGGCUGAGCCUAAGUACCUCAGAGAAGCUGUUCCGUGUGAAUGAGCUCUCUCCCCUGCUCUACACUCUGAUCAUGCUGAGUAUAGGCGGAUCACUGGCCUUUGGCCUGGGCUUCUCAGAGUUCCUGCUAGUCUCAAAAACCUCCAGUCUCACUUUCUCCAUAGCAGGGAUCUUUAAGGUAAGGAGGAUAACACUGUAUAUCACUGGUCACCCUCUCUGUAUCCCUCUGCUCACACCCUCUGCUCCCUCACUUGAAUUGCUUCCUUUGCACCAUCUCUCCCGCUGUCUCAAGCACUCCUCGUUUCACCUCCCCUACACCCUUUAUUCAAAGUGUGUUUUCCAUCUCCCCCUCACGUACCCUCCCUGUCCCAACUAGGAGGUGUGUACUCUGCUGCUGGCAACAGGCCUGAUGGGGGACAGGAUGAGUGGACUCAACUGGAUGGGUUUCGCUGUCUGUGUUUCUGGCAUCUCCCUGCAUGUGGGGCUGAAGACCUACUAUUCCAAAAGUAAGUAUUCAUACCAUUACUGUAUGUGGUACCCUACACUGUAAAAUGAAAGCAAAUUGUUGUCAAUCAAUCCCUGGUGUAGUCGGUAUAUUAGGUAUGUUGUAAUUGCUUGUUAAUCAAGCCAGCGCAGCUGAAGGUACUGUGGCUAAUCGAAAGGUAUUUCAACAAGCUGUCCUUCAUAUCCAGUAAUUGGUUAUUAUUUUUCAAUCUACUCCAGGUAAAGUUCACUCGUUGAGACAGAUGCCCAUUCAAAACAGCCAAGACCUGGGAGUACCACUAUUGUGUCAUAAGGAAUACGAGGGGGAGGAGACAGCUGAUGAUGAGGAGCAGGAGAUUCUACUCUGAAUCUAACAAGAUGGUUGACUGACUCAUGUUCCAGAGAGGCAAAGAGAAGGGAUCACUGCCUCUACCUCGCUUUCCAACCAAGGUGCACGAGUUGAGGAGCAAACUGAGGUAGAGAGGAGAUUCGGUAACACUUGGAGGACAAAUGGAAUUAAAUAAAAAGUUUAUUUAUUGCAAAAAGUAUAACCAACGUGUUUUAGCCUUCUUCAGAGAGGCCACAGGGGAACAGAAGGGGAAGGCUUCCAACCCUCCUCUACAGCCAACAUUCUCUUCAGCCUUUGUCCAAAAUCGCUGAGCAUUACGGUCAGUAAAAUGGACAGACGCCCUGAACUUCAAUUAUCAAAUGCAUUUACUGUUGCCUUUUAA